CGCUGGGGGAGGGAUGAGACUGGGAGCGUCUGCGGCCGAGGACACAGCUGUGGUGGAUGAGUGGAGAUGAGCGGGUUCUGACGGCGUUCUGUAGGAAUUCAUUUUCUCAUCAGCUGGUUCUUGUUGAACGUGACAUGUUUCCCAUUUGCUCCCGUGAUCAUUGUUAGUGUUUUGUCUAUUGAUCUUCCAAGUGUGGAGAUGCGGUUUGGAUGAAGCAGUGCGCUGUCGUGUGUCACCAUGAAUCUCACAGCCAGCAACAGCAGCAUAUGCUACUCCAUCAACAGCCCUCCCUUCAAGUACAACCACACCGUCACCUCCAUCAAGUAUUCAGUCACCUUCAGCACUCUGGGUCUCAUCUCCAACCUCUUCGCCUUCAUAGUUCUCCUCAAGUCCUUCCAGCGCACACACAGCCGCUCACGCUCCUUCUUCAUGGUCUUCCUGGGCGGCCUGGUGGUCACCGACUUCAUGGGACUCCUGGUCACGGGCUCCAUCGUGGUCAGCUUUUACGCCACUCAGUUCAAUUGGCGCAAAAUUGACCCCGACUGCCACUUCUGCAACUUCAUGGGCAUGUCCAUGGUCUUCUAUGGACUCUGCCCCCUGCUGCUUGGUGCGGCCAUGGCCCUGGAGCGCUUCAUAGGCAUCAACUGUCCCUUCGUGCACUCGGCCAGCGUGCCCAGGUGCCGCUCCAUCUCCAUGGUGCUGGCGGUGUGGCUGUUCGCCGGCUGCAUUGCGCUGCUGCCGCUGACUGGCGUUGGGAGCUACCACAUCCAGAUGCCUGGCUCCUGGUGCUUUUUCAACAUCAGCCACCGGGGGAAGGACCUGGCGUUCUCGCUGAUCUUCUCGCUGGUCGGCCUGACGUGCAUCUUUGUGUCGUUUCUGUUAAACACGGUGAGCGUGGUGACGCUGAUCAAGGUGUGCUGCGGACCACAAAAGCACCAGCGACGACGAGACCACGAAGUGGAGAUGAUGGUUCAGCUCAUUUUGAUAAUGGCCAUCGCUUCUGUUUGCUGGUGCCCCCUACUGGUCUUUACUGCAGAAACUGUGCUGUCAGAAGCCAGCCUCCGGAUCAGAUACCUCCUGCUGUACAUACGCUUCGCCACCUGGAACCAGAUUCUCGAUCCGUGGGUGUACAUUUUGUUCCGCCGAGCAGUUCUAAAGAGACUCUUCCCCCGCCUCAACUGGUCCCGAGAGUCCAUCAUGAAAAAGUACCCGUCUUUCAGCGACUCUGUCCGCAGAUUCACGCGCUCCUCCCUCGGGAGCACACACGCAGGCAAACCUGAAGAGCCUGGCAGAGCACCUCCAUCCUCCCUAAUGCCAGCGCCCGACGCUCCGUGAGUCCUUGGAUUGGAGUUGAAGGGGUGUAAGUCACAGUUACAGUGCGUGUGGAACCUUUCUCCACUCUGUUAUUAAGCUAAUCACAGACUGAACCUUGUUUCACGACAUUAUAGCACUAAAGUGUCUUGUUGUGACACGAGCAUCAGUAAGUCAACGCUUCCCUAUAGAGCUAUACUUAGAACAGAAGUCAGCUCAUAGAGAUGAGUGAGAAUAUUGGAUUUAUCAAUCAUUUAUAUUAAUAUGACACUUCAGUGUGCACUUUGCUCAGAUAUCACAGGACACAAGUUUGAGGCUUAUGAUGAGCACCUUACAAACACAGAUUUGUGUGCAAAUGCUUAGGAUCUGUUUCUAUCUCUUUUUCUUCAGUAUCUGUCUUAUAUAAACAUUAAGAAAAUCCUGAUUAUUCAUGUCAAGUGUAUAUAUCUGAGAUGGUAGUGAAGGUGUAUUACUUUUAUUCUUAUGUGUAAGGCAUGGAUGUUAAUUCUCCAUUUUAGAGAAUAAUCAAAUAUUUCUGACCAAAUACAUUUCAACUAAAUUUCAAAAAUGUUUUAUCUUUAAUUCGGUAAUUAUUUGGCUGGACCAACAAGGAGGGGUUUAUGAUAACAGAAAGCAGUUGUUGAUAUCUUUGUGAUACAUUUAUUGUUACUUUUAGUUGAUGUUUGCUUAUCUAAUCUAAUACGCGAUGUGCUUCGAUCCAGAGUCACGCAGUUGUGUUUAAAAUAAAGGUCCGUAAAAUUC